UAUAUCGAUACGAACAGGACGAAAAACACUAUUAUAUAUGUUGUGUAAAACGCAGUUUAAAAACGAUUAUUUAUUAAGUAUGAGUUUGUACAUGUACUAAGUACAUGCUUAUAAAGCUUAUAUAAUAUUUAAUAAGAUUGUGGAAAUUUUAAAUAGUUCAUGGUUCACUAUAUGGAAUGGUGAACUACUAGUUUAAGUUGAAUUUGGCAUACUUUCUCUUAUCAGACGAUUUACACUUUUGUAUUAGUUCAAUAACAACAUUGUCCUCUACCAGAGUUCUUUUGUGGAAGAUGGGCUCUUUUCUACCGUUAUGUUUAUCAGUGGUGCUGGCAAUUGCCGAAACAAAUGGUCUGUUCUUUGAAAGUAAAGUUUGUUACGAUGGCGUCGGGUGUUUUCAUGCAAACCAUCCAUUUGAUAACAGUUUCGGUGAACUUCCAGAUUCUCCUGAAGAUAUGGAGGUACGAACAUUCCUUUGGACUCGGCAGAACCCUGUAGAGGCACAAGAACUUAAAUAUCAAGAUAUUGCAAGUAUUCAAGACUCAAACUUUGACGCGUCUCGCCAAACAAAGGUGUUAAUUCAUGGGUUUAUGAGCAGCAAAGACACAUCACCUGUCAUUGCAAACUUGUCCGUGGCAUUUCUUAAACAAGGUGAUUACAAUGUAAUCGGGGUUGACUGGUCAAAGGGAGCUAAGAAAUUGUACCCAAAAGCAGUGGCAAAUACUAGGCUCGUAGGUGCUGUAGUUGCCCAGUUAAUUAAAGUACUACUAGGAAAGUUUGAAAUGGAUGUCAAAACCCUGCACGUCAUUGGUCAUAGCCUUGGUGCGCAUACUGCCGGAUACGUAGGAACACGUAUUCCAGGAAUACCGAGAAUAACAGGCCUUGAUCCGGCUGGACCCUUGUUUACAAAGACUGACCCUGCUGUACAUCUUGACCCAAGCGACGCAUUAUUUGUAGAUGCUAUUCAUUCAGAUGGCGCUCCAAUAGAGGAUGCAGGCUUUGGAACUCUAUCUCAGUUAGGACAUAUGGACUUCUAUCCGAAUGGUGGUCAAAUUCAACCAGGAUGUCCUCCGCCAGUCAAGACAACUGUCGAACAACUGCUUACUUUUCAAUUCACAAAAGCCUUUGAUAGUGUAUCUUGUGCCCAUGACCGAGCGAUUUGGUACUUCAUAGAAUCUGUUCUGAACACAAACUGUCAGUUUACAUCUUAUCCUUGUUCUUCUUGGGAGAGUUUUAAAGCUGGUAAUUGUACAACAUGUGGUGAUGCUGGGUGUCCUGUCAUGGGCAUUAACUCUUACACACGUCCAAUAAAAGGAGCUUUUUACUUGCAGACUAACUCUCAAACACCUUUCUGUCGUAAGUUUUACUAACGAUAAUAAUUAAAUAAAUGUGACUUUACUUGUUUGAACUAUAUAUACUGCAAUGAGAAUAGUUCUGUAUAUUUAUUUCUUGUUAAUACAGCACUUUAAACACAACCCUUAAACAUACAUGUAAAACAAACUAA